ACAAGCUCACGUCUACAUAAUUGCCGGAGCAUGUUUGGCUUUAGGUUUUCGAUUUGCUGGUUCUGCAAACCUGGCAGCUUUUAACUGCUUGUGUAAAUUUGCAAAAGACUUCAUUGAAUGUUUGUCAGCUCAAGCAGCAAGUAUAACAGGUCAUUACAACCUUGAGACCUGUCUGAGCGUGGUGUUGUUAUCCCUUUCCAUGGUGAUGUCUGGCUCUGGGAAUCUGAGGGCUCUGCAGCUUUGCCGCUUUAUGCACAAGAAGACAGGAGGAGAGAUGAAUUAUGGCUUUCACUUGGCACAUCACAUGGCGCUGGGACUUCUCUUCUUGGGAGGGGGAAG